UAAAGGGUUCAGGUUUUAUUUUUGGACUGCUAUGGAGCAAGAGCCUUCCAUUUUGGAGGAAGGGACGAUAGUUGAGCUUAACAUGAGUCUCUUGUUCUGAUACUCCAGGCUGGGAGAAGCAGGCAGCAGCCAGUCGCCCCAACCAGCAGAAACACAGGGGACUCUUUUUGAAGUGAGCCAUCUGUUAUCUGUUAUCUCUCUUGAAAGCCUCUAGUACUUUCCUUAGUUUCAGGGGGCCGACAUUUUUUAUGGCUGUAAAUAUCCGCAACGUUGCCCAAGCAGGCCUGCUUUCCCAGCAGUACCCACCCCCCCUACUUCCUAAACCUGGAAAAGAAAAUGUCCGGCUCCAGAAGUUACUUAAGAAAAGUGCUAAGAAAAAAACUGCUACCCAGGCUUCCCAGACACCUGCUCCUUUCCGCUCAUGCCUCUCUCCGGUAACUGAGGCCAGUCCUGACCUAGAGUACAGUGAUCACUCAACUCCACCCAAGACACCAGAAACACCAAUCUAUGGAGCUUUUCAGGUUAUGAGAGGUACUACACCAACAUCUGAGAUUAAAAGUGAUACAACAGUUAUGACUGAAACAACAAGGGGCAGAAGCCUGACAAGAACAAGGACACCAACAUUUGAUCUUUCACCAUCAAAAACUCUAUCAGGGCGACCAAAAACACCAUCAUAUCAUGUUUCACCUGCUAGGACACCUGUUAUAGAGAUUUCAAGACCCAACCCACUCCUAUUUGCUGUCUCUCCUGUAUAUAUGGAGGGCAGAAGAUCCAAAACACCAACUUCAAGUUUAGUUGGGCCAAGUGAAGAAAUUCCUCAAGAAACUGAGAAAAUAAAGCAAAAUGAUCUUUCAGAAUCCACACAAAAUAGUGAGGUCCAUAUCAAAACAUUUGAAACUUCAGAAGCAAGACUGCCAUCUGAAAAGCCUGGAGAACCUGAACUGUCAAAGCCAAAGUUCAUAGUAGAAGUUGCUUCAAAAACUACAGAGACCACUGAAUCCCAAAGCUCAAAGACCAGCAUACAUGAAGGCCUUAAACCUCUUACUCAUAUAGUUGAACAUCAAAUUCCCCAAACACCAAACUCUGAGUUUUCUGGACCUGUUAAACCCUUAAUUGGGUAUAAAACACCAGCUGAACCUCAGUUUGCAGGUCAAAAACCCAAAACACCAACGUUAAAAACCAAAUCAAAAUAUUAUGGAUUAACACCAGCUGAAUAUGUUGCUUUUGGAGGAAUACAAAGUUAUACACCUACAUUUGGUAUUUCUAGAUCUAUGCAACAUGCCACUCCAGAACAGGCAACACAAGGGCCUGCUUUGAAAGAGAGGCCAGAGAGUCCCAAGACAGCAGUGGAUAAAAUCUCAACAUCCAUUUCUCCUGCAACUGAAAAUGUAACUCCUGUUGUCCCAAUUGCCGAAAUCUCAGAGACCACAAUGCCAAAAGUAGAGGCAGUGCCAAAAGUGGUGCAAUAUUUUUCUACAUCAGAGAGAACGGAAACAAAGUUAAAAGCCACUGAAGUUCCUGGUGUGAAAAUUCCAACUAUUGUCGUAUCUAAAGUUGACACGCCACCGUCAGAAGCUUACAUGACAGUGGCCUCUAUUCCUUUUACACAAAGAGUCAGCGCUCCAACAUAUGACAUGUCUAAACCAAAGACAGUGUCACCUGUAUCUUUAAAGGAAACUCCUAAACCUGAAUCCCAGACAAUAUCACCAUCUGUAAAAACUGUGAAAGCUAUAACACCUGACCAAAAUGCAGAAAAAAGCUCAAAGCCAACAAAAGUAAGUAUAAUACCACAGAAGACACCAGACUCUCAUAAGUCUUUACUGGAGAGGAUUAAAGAACAAAAAUCUUUAUCUGCCCAACCUCCAACAAAGGCUCCUGAAAUACCUGUGACUGAAACAAUAGAAGAUAAGCCUCUGGCCAAGUCAAAGGAUGACCAGAAGGACAAAGUUAAACCUGGUGAAGAUGAUUUAUCAACACCAAAAGACAGCAUACCAAAGGAGGCUAAGUCAGAAAAUGAGGAGAACGGCAUUCUCCCAGCUGCAGAGUCUCUCCUAAAGGCCUUUCAGAAACCAAAAGGCAUGAAGUCAAAACUCAGCGGUUGGUCUCGUCUCAAGAAACACCUAGUGGUGGAGGUGGAGGAACCCAAGUUUCCUGUUUCUGAGCCAGAACUGAAGCAAGAUGUCAUUGAUGGAACUGCUCAGGAAACAUGUGAGCAGGAAAAGCAAGACAAAGAAACAGAUAAGGCUAUUGAAAAAGAGAGUAAAGAUGCCCCUAGGGCUGCAAAGAUGUGGGACGCUGUCCUCUUCCAAAUGUUUGCAACCAAAGAGAGUAUCAUGCAACAGAUUGAAGGCAACAAAACUGAGCAGCAAAAGAAAGAAGAGUCUAAAUCAGAUAAAGAGAAAGAAAUCCCUGCAUUUGCACAUCGCCUUCCAGUUCUCCUGUACAGUCCUCGAUUUGACGCCAGGAGACUGAAAGAGGCAGCUUCUCGACCAGUGACAAAGAUUGCAACAGUGUUUGAGAUGGGCCUCAUAGGCCGCAAAAAUAAAGAGGAAGAACCUAAAGAUUUUAAUAGAACAGCUAAAGGGUUCUCUACUAUGAAAACUAGCAUUGUCUAGGUGAUAAGUAAUGGAAUUGCCAAUGAUACUGUAUCUUUCCAGUAAUUGUGUACAGUUCUGUUUAUCACAAUUCAACUAUCUUAAAGUUGAACUUUAAUAAGAAAGUGAAUGUAAUGUGUUUGUAUGAAUUACACAGAGGAAUCAUGGGAAAAGCAUUUUGUUUUACCUCAUUAACACUGUAUUAUUCUGAAAGUAAGAUACAGUAAAAUGUGGUAAAAAAUGUGGUAAAAAAAAUGAAAUGAUUGAGUGUUCAGAGCUUCUUUAUUUUACAAUCUCUGAAAUUUCUUGAUCGACAUGAGGUUGUAAACUCAAAAAUAGUUUUAGAAAAUGCAAAUUUGAUUUACAGGCAUCGUGGAGUCUUCACUUUAUAUCUGUAUUCAUUCAAAAUACACUACACUCACUGUCCACUUUAUUAGGAACAACUGUUAUCAAAUAGCCAACCUACUGGCUGCAGCACAAAGCAUAAAAUCAAGUGUUUCAGUGCCCAUGGUUGCCUCAUAUUCCUGUUCUUGCAUGACAGCAG